AUGCUUUUCUCAGCUGUCUGUGGUGAAUCUUCAUAUGUCCCUUAUCGUUAUAUCUUUGUGAAUAAGAAUAAAACCUGGACUGAAGCUCAGAGCUACUGCAGACAGACCAAUACAGACCUGGCCACCAUCAACAACAUGGAGGAGAUGAAGAAUUUGAAUGCUAGUCUGAAAAACAAAACUAGAAGCCUUGUUUGGAUUGGCCUAGAAAAAGGGAACACUGGGAAAUGGCAGUGGUCUCUAGCAGAGGGAAAUUUCUAUAGUGAGAGAGAUGCUUACAGAAACUGGAGCCAAGGAGAACCAAACAAUGAUGGAGGGAAGGAGUUCUGUGUCGCAAUGAAGAAAACUGAUGGAACCUGGAUUGAUGAUUGCUGUGCUACACCCUUAGAAAAGAAGACAAACACUGAAAGAUACAGAUUGAUUGAAAGCAAGAUGACCUGGAGUGAGGCUCAGAGCUACUGCAGAGAACAUCACACAGAUCUGGCCAGUGUGAGGAACCAGACUGAGAACCAGCAGAUCUACACAGCAGGACAAGCAUUACAGUAUGAGCAUUGUUGGAUUGGCCUAUUCAGUGAUUCCUGGAAGUGGUCAGAUCAGAGUACCUCCUCAUUCCGAUACUGGGCACCUAACGAGCCAGAUGAUGAUGGUGAAAAUCAGUACUGCGCUGCAGUGUAUAUGACUACGCCAGCCGCAGUGGGUUUCUGGCAUGAUGAGAACUGUGAGCAUAAGUUCCCAUUCAUCUGCCGUAAGAAUAAGCUGAUCUUGAUCAAUCAGAAUCUGACCUGGAGAGAAGCUCUGAGAUACUGCAGAGAUCAUCAUGUGGAUCUGGUCUCAGUUCAGUCUGAGGAGAUCCAGCUCUGGGUGAAGGAGGUGGCACAGAAAGCCUCCACUGAACAUGCGUGGCUGGGUCUGCGUCACACCUGCACCCUCAGCUUCUGGUUCUGGGUGAGUGGAAAGUCUAUCUGCUACCAGAACUGGGAUCCAAGUAACGGGACCGGAGGAGAAGACUGCAGCUCUGUAGAGAGAACUGGAGCAGUGCAGUCUAGAGGAGGUCAGCAGUGGGUCAGCCUGCCUGAGGAUCAGGAACUCAACUUCAUCUGCACCACCUAUGAAGACAGAAACCAGAUGUUCUCUGUCACGCAUCCACCAAACUCCCUUGUGGAUUCGGACUCAAUCUCCCAGAAUCCUCUGGGAGAUCACAUGACUUCCGAGCUUCCCGUAGGCAAUAACACUGAGACGGACUCAAUUUCCCAAGAACCUCUGAGGAAUCACAUGACUUCUCACGUGACUCCGCGCUCCUAUCAGCGCUCUAGAUCUCCGGAGUAUUGAUGUGAAUCACCUGUGUUAGUUGUCAUAUGACACAGUUAGUUUAGUAUAUAAGCCCGGGCUUUAGCUUAGUAAAGUUGCAAGGUAUUGUAUCCACUAUUGUGACUUACUGAGCGGUUUUCUAUUGUUGUGUAUGCUGUGUAUGAUUUUGCCUUUCGUUUUCUCAACUCUGUCCUUUCUGCUCUGCCCUUUGGAUUUGUUUGCACUGAGUCUGAUCUUGGAUUUUCACCAAUUGCCUGCACCUUCGACCACGCUUCUGCCUUUCCCUUUUUGGAUUUGAUGCAUUGUCUGAUGUAUGUCUGUGUGUAUUUCUUGUGCCUUCUGGAUCUGAACACUGCCUGGUUUUUGACGACGACUUGGAACUUUGUUCCUAUCAGUAAAGCCCUUUCUGUAAGUUACAUCUGCGAGCGUCUGACUCUGCUUCAAACCUUA